CACAACAUGUCCAACUUUGACUUUACAGACAAAGCACGCGACUCUAUCUCAGCCGCUCUCCAGCUAGCGAAAGACUACAGCAACGCCCAGGUCUACCCUGCACAUCUCGCUCAUGUACUCUUGCACGAGGCUGCGCCUACUGCGAACGGGAGGAUGCCUGGGGCAACUGGGGCAGACGCACCGGCAGGACAGAGUCUCUUCCACAGCGUGAUAGACAAAGCUGGGGGUGACGCGACUGCCCUCAACCGCGGCUUGCAGAAACUCAUCGUCCGACUUUCACGACAAGAACCCGCACCGGAGGAGACGACACUCAGUAGCCAGGUGCUCAAGGUGCUCCGCCAAGCCCAGGAUAUACAGAAGACGAUGAACGAUGUGUAUAUCGCCCAGGACCACUUGCUACUCGCCCUCAUCCAGGACGAGCAGAUCAAGAGUGUGCUCCAGGAGGCGGGGCUGACGGAAGCGGUGCUCAAGACAGCGAUUAGGGACUUGAGGGGCGGGAAGAGGGUGGAGACGAAGGAUUCCGAGCAGGGGUUCGACGCGCUCAACAAGUACGCGACGGACCUUACGAAGCUGGCGGAAGACGGCAAGCUCGACCCGGUUAUUGGGAGGGACAACGAGAUCCGGAGAGUUGUGAGGAUCCUUUGCCGGAGAACGAAGAAUAACCCUGUGCUCAUUGGCGAGCCUGGUGUGGGCAAGACCGCGAUUGCCGAAGGCCUCGCACAGCGCAUCGUGCAGCGAGAUGUGCCUGCCUCUCUCCUCGGCCGCCUCUUUUCCCUCGAUAUGGGCGCGCUGAUGGCUGGAGCGAAGUACAAGGGCGAAUACGAAGAGCGCGUCAAGAGCGUCUUGAACGAGAUCGAGAAAGCGGGCGAGCAGGGACAAGGCGUCAUCCUCUUCAUCGAUGAGAUGCACUUACUCAUGGCUGGCAAAGGUGGGGAAGGAGGGGGGAUGGACGCUGCCAACCUUCUCAAGCCUAUGCUUGCCCGGGGCAAGCUGCGCUGUAUCGGCGCGACGACCCUGGCCGAGUACAGGCAGUACAUCGAGAAGGACAGCGCGCUGGAGCGGAGAUUCGCCCAGGUGCUGGUGAACGAGCCCUCUGUACCGGAUACGAUCUCGAUCCUCCGCGGCAUCAGGGAGAAGUACGAAGUGCACCACGGUGUGCGCAUCAUGGACGGCGCGCUUAUCCAAGCUGCCACGCUCGCACAUCGGUAUCUUACCUCAAGGCGCUUGCCGGACGCAGCGAUCGACCUGGUCGACGAGGCGUGCGCGAGUGUGCGCGUCACCCGGGAGACGGCUCCGGAGGAACUGGACAAGCUUGAGCGGACAAAACUGCGGUUGGAAGUCGAGAUACAUGCUUUGGGGCGGGAGAAAGACCAGGCCAGUAAGGACCGACUCGCUGCUGCGAAGAAGGAGAUCGCGGACUUGGACGAGCAGCUCGGGCCUAUGAAGGCUGCUUAUGAGAACGAGAAGCAGCGCUGGGACGAGGUGAACAGCGUAAGGAGGAGGAUUGACGAGCUCAAUGCUAAGGCGGACGACGCAGAGCGGAGACACAUCGUGGGGGUUGCUUCGGAUUUGCGCUGGGGUGCGAUCCCGGACUUGAAAGAGAGACUGAAGAAACUCGAGGAGAAGAAGGCGCUCGAAGAUGCCGCCGGAACAAAUAUUAGCGACACGGUCACUCCGGAAGCGAUCGCGGAGAUCGUUGCUCGCUGGACGGGGAUCCCGACUACGCGCCUGCUCAGCUCGGAGAGGGACAAGCUCCUCCGUAUGGAGCGCAUCCUGUCAAAAGAAGUCAUCGGCCAACCUCAAGCUGUCAAAGCCGUUGCGAACGCUAUCCGGCUCUCGCGCUCAGGGCUGGCAAACGCCUCCCGCCCUAUCGCUUCGUUCCUCUUCGCCGGCCCCUCCGGAACAGGCAAGACGCUGCUCUCGAAGAAACUCGCCGAGAUCAUGUUCGAUUCCCCUGACGCUAUGAUCCGGAUUGACGGCUCGGAGUACUCGGAGAAACACUCGAUCUCCCGGCUGAUUGGCGCUCCUCCUGGGUAUAUAGGGCAUGACGCUGGUGGGCAGCUGACGGAGUACGUCCGGCGCAAGCCGUACACCAUCGUCCUCAUCGACGAGAUCGAGAAAGCCUGCAGGGAGUUCGUCACUCUCUUCCUGCAAGUACUAGAUGAUGGCCGUUUGACCGACGGUCAGGGCCGCGUCGUCGACUUCCGCAAUACGAUCAUCAUCAUGACCUCCAACCUCGGUGCGGUAUACCUCAACGACGCCGGGGAAGGCGAGAUCAAGCCCGAAGCGCGCAAGCUCGUCAUGGACACUAUCCAAUCCCACUUCCCGCCAGAAUUUAUCAACCGGAUUGACGAGAUAAUCAUCUUCCGCUCGUUGACGCGGCAGAACGUGCUCGAGAUUGUCAACGUCCGCCUGCGCGAGCUAGACAAGCGUAUCGCGCCCAAGGGGAUGACACUCGACGUGGACGAAGAGGCGAAGCACUAUCUUGGCUCUAUUGGGUAUUCUCCAGUGUACGGCGCGCGUCCGCUUAACCGCGCGAUACAGCACGAGAUCCUCAACCCCCUGUCCGUGCUUAUCCUUGAAGGGAAGAUCCUGGAUGGUGAACCCGUCCGCGUGCACUUUGACGGCCCGAGGAAUAGGCUCUGGAUCGAGCAUAACCAUGAGGGAGACGCGAAGGGCGAUAUGGAUGUUGACGAGGAUGAGUUGGAGAUUGAGGAGAUGGAUUGAGCACGCUUGGUGCUUGGUGUCGGGUGCGGAUUGACCUACCAAAAUGUCUUUCGUAAUUUGUUUUUUUCCUUUUGUAAUGCAAAAUGGGGACCGUAGAUGGUCGUGUAGAUUACAUUCAGAACUUUACGAAUUGUAUAAUUUCAUUGAC